AACUAUCCGACUUAUAUGUUCCGUGCUUAGACAUAACCUAAUAUAAAUUUUAUUGAAUUUAAAUUUUUAAUAAUAUUUUUAUACGAUGCCUGAAAAAGAGGACUUAUCUGAUGUCAUUAAGCUUAUUAGUGAUAUAAGACAAAAGAAACUGUACACCUCGUAUGACAUAGCUUUAAGAACUGAAGACAUACUGAAAACAUUAAUAUCAGAAAGAGAUUGGAAGAAUGCUAGUGAACUGAUGAAUUUGGUAAAGAAGAGAAUCAGAUUUUUAUCAGAAUCAUUACCUCAAGAAGCCACAGCUACAAAUGUUAUGAGGCAUAUUUUAAAAGUUAUUAGAGAAGAGUAUGAAAUUGUCGCAAAGAGAAAAGUUGAGGGGCAGUCUUUACACCACAUAGUUAGGUCAAAUUCAGAUGAUAAUUUGGAUUAUACAGAGACAUUAGAUUCAUUAAAAUCCACAUUGUUAGAUCACUUAUCUGAAUAUAAAACUGAAUUGGAGACAAGCACAGAAAAUAUAGCAGCUCAAGCUUCAGAACAUAUUCACACAAAUGAAAUAAUAUUAACUGUUGGAAAAUCAAAUUCUGUUGAAAAAUUCUUGAAGAGUGCAGCUGAAAACAGAGUUAUUAAUGUUAUAAUUGUAGAACAAGCACCAACAUAUAAUGGACAUGAAAUGGCCAGAAGUUUGGCAAAAAGCAAUAUUCUAACAACAGUUAUCCCUGACACUGCUGUAUUUGCCAUGAUGUCCAGAGUUAAUAAAGUCAUUAUUGGGACUCAUACAGUUUUAGCUAAUGGUGGUUUAAGAGCAGCUAGUGGGGUACAUGGUGUUGCUUUGGCAGCAAAACAUUAUUCAGUGCCAGUGCUUGUGUUAUCACAUAUGUAUAAGUUUACGCCUAUUCACAUUGGUUCACAUGCACAAAAAGAAGCAUUCAACACCAUGGCAUCACCAGCAAAUGUUAUUCCAUAUUCUAGUGGGCCAAUAUUAAAUAAAGUGGAAGUUCUUAAUCCAGUAUUUGAUUAUGUUCCACCAGAACUUGUUACUCUAUUUAUUUGUCACCAAGGGGGAAAUGCACCAUCAUAUGUUUACAGGCUGCUUUCAGAACUUUAUCAUCAGGAUGAUUAUAACAUUUAAUUCAUGAUAUGAAAUUGCAUAAUUUAUAAAAAAGAUUAAUAUUGACUUUAUUUUUCCUGUUAAUAUUUUAUACUUUGAAAAAUAUAUUUGCUUUAAAUAUGU